CACUGAACAAAACAUUUCCGCAAUCGACAAGCUGCUCAAGUAUGCCGGCCACUAUAGCAAACGACUUUUCCACUUCUCAUCAAUUUUGUCUGACCCAUUGAUAAUGGAACUCGAUUUCGAUCCAAAUAUUCACCUGCAAUCGACCUGGUAUCAAGUUCCGGGGUAUAGGUCUGACCUUCAUGUUUUGACAACUCCCAUACCGCCCUUUGCUCAAUCGGAUGCCUUGUCCGCAUUGAGUGACGCGUUCGAACGGGAGCAGAUACUGCAAGCUGAAGCAUACCAUGGGCGACUUCCGGUGGUGCUCGUCCAUGGAAUGGUGGUAGCCAGCAGCUACAUGCAUGAUCUCGGAAGACACCUGGCACCAUGGUUCCGCGUCUUCAUUCCCGACUUGCCCGGCUUCGGACGUUCGUCGGGUGCAAUAGCCAAGAGCGAGACGGUCUCCAUCAGCCAACUGGCGCGGGGGCUACACGACUGGAUGGACGCGGCAGGCAUACGGACGGCGCAUCUUGUCUCCAACUCGCUGGGCUGUCAGGUCCUUGCAGAGUUCACCCGUCUGUGGCCCGAGAGGGUUGGUCGACUGGUGCUACAGGGCCCGACCAUGGACACCAGCCGCCAACCGCUACUCAAGACGGUGCUUGCAUUCGUCGCGAAUAGCAAGAACGAACCGUUUUCCAUGAGUGCCAUCAUGCUUCAAGACUACUGGCGCGCUGGAUGGCGCAGGGCCGUCGCCUUGUUCGGCGAGACAGGCCGAUACCGUAUCCUGGACGUGCUGCAGACUGUCGAGAAGCCGACGUUGCUGUUGAGCGGCGAACUGGACCCCAUCGCCCCGUGCACCUGGGUCGCGGAAUUGUCGGACAAGAUGCCGAACGCGGUGCAUUAUGUCCUGACGAAGGCUGCCCAUACAGCAAACUACUCGGCGGCGAAGAAAAUGUCCAGAGCCGUCUUGCGCUACCUAGUGGUUCAGGAUGAUGACGACAUGAGGCGCGCGGGCAGCGAGAUUCUGGAACAAGUGAUAGAAAUAAACCAGACGAGGGAAGCAGCAGCAAAGCAGAGGUCUCAGUUGCUCUGGCAGCAGUUAGCGUUUGGCAUGUCGGCAGUCCUGGUUGCGAAGUUGUGCGGGGGAGUGAUCAGCCGGUGGCAUCUCGUCUGGACUUUCCUGUCGAUUGAGGCGGUGAUGCUCCAUCGGUACUACACCACAGUUCGUCCGCUACUCUCCUUGGACCGCUCAAGCCACUUGGACCGCGUAUACGUCAAGCUGGACGGAAUCGCCGACUUUGAUUCCGCAUCUUGCAUGCUUCGUGCAAUCGGGCGGCACUUGCAUUUCCGCGACUUCCCGCAGCUCGGCGUCCCGACGUCCAUGGCCACAGCCAUGCCCCUGGUCAAUUGGCUACCGUCCACUCCGCGUCAGACGGUAUACUCGGCGGUUGGGGCCUCCGAAGCUGCUGGUGACCCGUCAACGUUUGACUCGGAGAGCGUCACUAAACAGGUUGUCGCACACUUCCCAGCACAUCGGAAAUACCCGGCCGUGGCCAUUGGGAGUUCGAACGGAGCCUUGACCAAUCUCUAUGCGGCUAUGGGUAUUCCGUGGCUGCCUCAGACACUCCUCAUGCCCGUCAAGCGACCCAAGAAGGCCUCGAUUCGACAUGGUCAGGUCGACAUGACAGCCGAAAUGGAGUGGGGGCGGACGGCGGCGCAGGGGUUGCUGGAGAAGAACCCGGAGAUCGAACUGUACCACAUGGCCGACCCGAAUCAGGACCAGCUGAUGAUUCACCGCAUGGCAUACUUCAGGCUGAAGUUGAUCAAACUGACUGAGGCGUAUAAGAGGUAUCUCUUGGACGCGUUAGAAGAGAACGGGACCAUUAUCAUGGUUCGAUGCCGAUCCAAAUGGCCGUCUACAAAGGUCGCCGAUCGCCACUACUUUCAGAGUGGCGCGGUUGGUGGGAUAACAUCAAACGAGUUCCUUCAGGGGUCGGCUGAUGUGGCUGGAUUCAUAGACUCGCAGAAGUCUCUAUCGACCAAGAUGAGUGAAACGGUGCUGGGGACGGAACGCAGGACCGACUGGAAUGCUCCUCGGCCCAGCGGUGAAUUCCCCGAAGCGGAAUGGGGCUACGCAGAAGGAUUAACCCAUGAUCUCGUUGACUUUGCUCACAACCAUGGAUUCCAGAUCAAAUAUCUCGACUUUGACCAUCCCGAGGACGCCUCUCCGCUUGUUGCUGAUGCGUUCCGACGACAGAACGAGCAACUGCGUCGUCCGACAGACUCAAUCCUCGUUGAGAACUUCGUGCUACUAGAGCCGUGGUUGACGAUGCGGUACAACUUGACGCCGUUUUGGACCGUCUUCCCUGUGGAGCCGUCACUGAAGCGACUGCAAGAGUACCUGAGUAAGUGCCAAGGGACAGGGAAGGCAUUCAGGGACGGCUUUAUCCUUUUGUUCUGCUCAGGGGUGGACUCUGUCGGGCUUGCAGGAGUGGAUCGAUGGAAGAGCCUGCUAGAAAGCCACUUUGCAUCACAGGAUGGAGAGAAAAACAGGCAUGAUCGGGAUGGGAUAUUGUUGGUAGGGACCGAUGAGAAGGCGUUUCCAAAAGAUUUUGGCUUUCCUGCUCGGUACCAAAAGGAACUGGCGAGGGCGGUUGGGCCAGAAGCACAGUAUGUGAUGCCGCCAGCUUUGCAGCUUCCCGAGUUCGAACAUUAUGUGACACAGAAUGGUGGUCACUACGGAGUAGACUAUAAGGCUUAGUUUGGAUAUAGGAAAGGGGUUAAGUAGGCAUAAAGUUUUAUGGCGGUAGCGUCGGGUCUGAACUAUCAGGGGCGGAAAUCCAAGGCCGCUCAGCUGCCACGCUCUUGUUGAACUGAU